AUGGCGGCCGGAGCAGGAGGAGACGACCUGAAGCUGCUGGGCAUGUGGGCGAGCCCGGCCGUGCUGCGGGUGCGCCUCGCUCUCAGCAUCAAGGGCAUCAGCAGCUACGAGUACCAAGAGGAGGACUUCGACAACAAGAGCGAGCUGCUCCUCCGCUCCAACCCCGUCCACAAGAUGGUCCCCGUGCUGAUCCACGCCGGCAAGCCCGUCUGCGAGUCGACGGUCAUCAUACAGUACCUCGACGAGGCUUUCGCCGGCGACGCCCUCCUCCCGGCCGGCCCCUACGAGCGCGCCGUCGCCCGGUUCUGGGCCGCCUUCGUCGACGACACGCUCCUGAAGGCCAUGUACCAGGCGUCGUGGAGCAAGACGGAGGAGGAGAAAGCGGAGGGGAGGAAAAAGGUGGCCGCCGCCAUGAAGACCCUGGACGGAGCCCUUAGCGACGUCGCCGGAGGGAAGCCGUUCUUUGGCGGCAACGCCCCCGGGUACGUGGACACGGUGCUCGGCGGCCUCCUCGCGUGGGUGCGCUCCGUGGACGUGAUCAAUGGCGUCAAGACCAUCGACCCUGAGACGAUGCCGCUCCUGGCCGCGAACGACGGACAGGUGUUGUCAUCGCUAGAUCCAUCCAUGGAGGACUCAUUCACGAUGGAUAUGAUAAAUGACAGUCAAGAUCCUCCAAAUAUGAGAUGA